CACUAUAAGACCGGAAGAAGAACCAUGGUCAUCAAGGACAGUGACUUUGACGAGUCGUUGAACUAUGCGUUGCUGCGUGGUGACAUGGGUGCCAUUUGGGACACAACAAAGGACCAGCGGCUGAUGAACGGAACGAUGAACCCGGAACUUAUUCAGCGUUCCAAGGAACGAGCCAUCCGUGCCCAGCUGAACUCUGCGGACGGAGAUACAGCCGAAACGCACGAUCAGUUCUACCGGGAUCAUAAGCUGCUGCUUGUGUUGUUCCGCGCUCUUGCCGUCAUGCCUAUUUUGCGAUCUUCACCAGGACGAAUCACGUUCAACUGGAGGUCCUGGGCAUCAAUCUACGCGUAUUGCUUCUAUUUCCUCAGUACGAUCGUUGUGCUUGUAGUCGGCUAUGAAAGAAUCAAAGUGUUGCAGGAAACGAAGAAAUUCGACGAAUACAUCUACGGCGUCCUGUUCGUGAUCUUUCUCGUGCCCCACUUUUGGAUCCCUUUCGUUGGGUGGGGUGUGGCGAAGCACGUCGCGGUCUACAAAACCAUGUGGGGAGCCUUCCAAGUACGCUACUAUCGUGUCACCGGAACGAAUCUUCAGUUCCACCUGAAAGUUCUAAUCGUUAUAUUCUCCAUUGGUUGUCUGAUUUGCGCGAUCGUGUUCCUUUUAUCGCUCAGCUUCCUGCUGGAAGGAUUCCUCCUGUGGCACACAACAGCCUAUUAUCACAUCAUCACGACCCUGAACAUGAGCAGCGCCCUUUGGUACAUCAACUGUCGCGGCAUCCGAGUGGCCUCGUCCAGCCUGUCCGAUCGGUUCCGCAAGGACGUCGCGAUCGAGUGUACCGCCGCGAUCAUCUCCCAGUACCGCUUUCUCUGGUUGAAUCUAAGCGAAAUGCUGCAAGCUCUCGGAAACGCUUACGCCCGGACGUAUUCCACGUACUGCCUAUUCAUGUUCGUGAACAUUACGAUCGCCAUCUACGGCGCCCUCUCCGAAGUGAUCGACCACGGGUUCCAAUUUUCGUUUAAGGAGAUCGGUCUCAUCGUAGACACGGUCUACUGCUCAACUCUGCUCUUUAUCUUUUGCGACUGCUCGCACAACGCCACCCUGCAGGUCGCUCAAGGAGUUCAGGAUACCCUUCUCAGUAUCAACCUGCUGAAAGUGGACCUCCCGACUCAAAAGGAGAUCGAUCUCUUCAUCCAAGCCAUAGAAAUGAACCCAGCGAUCGUCAGUCUUAAAGGGUACGCCGAAGUAAACCGGGAGCUGCUCACUUCGAGCAUCGCGACGAUCGCGAUCUACUUGGUGGUGCUGCUGCAGUUCAAGCUAUCGCUCAUUUCCCAACAGAUGCCGGUCGAUUUGCUGGAGAAUUUACAGAAAGCUCACGCUCACUAAGUUUGUUCACACAUGUUGCUGUUGUUGUUUUUUUUGCACAAUAAAUACAUGUUUCGAAAUUGAAUGCACAACG